GAGGCCGGAGCAGGACGCCACGAGGCGAGAGCCACCAACUGUUUCCUCCGCGCCGCCGCCUACAACGACCACUUCACGUGCCCUAUCUUUCUCCGCCUGUUCACGGCUCCAUCUCCCGUGGACAUGGAGGCCAAGAAGAAGUCGCAGCCCGCCCCCGCCGGAGCCAGAGCCGCGCCGCCGCCGGCCAACGAUUACUUCAGCGCCGUCUUCUCCGCGCCGCCUGCGGGAACUGCGAGAGACGCAAAGCAGGCGGACUUGUAUGUGAUGCUGAACAAGGCGAGCACCAGAGGGCAGAAUGGCGUUGGCACUUCAGGUAAUGGAAAAUCCCAAGGCCGCACCGCAUACAAGGAUGGAAAACAUGUUUAUCCAAAUGAGUCAUCAGAAUCCCCUUAUUUUGGCUCUUCCGUGCAUUACGGCGGUCGGGAAUUCUAUGGCAGCUCUCCACAACAGCAGCCCAAUGAACCCCCAAGAAAUUAUAAGGAUGACAAUCCGGAUGGCUCUCUUGCUACUAGAGGUGAUUGGUGGCAAGGUUCACUGUAUUACUGAAUAAUCUGCCGAGGACUCUCCUUUUGUGAACAAGGAAUAAAAGGAAUGGAGCUGAGCUUGGUUCGCUAUAGUGUUGAACUGUUGACAUGAGCCGUCAGGUAUCGGAAAUCAUAGUUGGAAGUUGCAACCACAUCCGUUCUGUCGGUGGAGGCAGUAUUUAGAUGCAUCAUCUCACCUGGACAGAUGUCGGUAGUGCCUUCUCAUUUUUCCUUUUCUCCGUUUGUCCCUGUGAUUUUAGUUGCAACACUGAUGGACUGUUAGAGCAGUAGGAAGUAGUUUCAUAAACAGUUGCCAAAGAGUAGCAACUCGCAGGAUCACCUGCUAUAUGUACCGUGUGUUUACUCAAGUGGAUUCCGUUUGUCC